GUAAAUGAAAUUGUUGUUGCCUGUCCACUUGCAUGCUGAAACAUGCAGAAUUUAUUGUUGUUUCAGUUAGUGCUUUUAUCACCGGUGCUAGAUUUGUAUAAUUGCUGCUGGAACUGGAGUAUUCCCUUUUAUUAUUAAAUACAGUCAAUCAAAAAGUAGGAAAAACACAAACAAUAUGACGGAUAAAACACUCAAACUGUCUUUAAGGAAUACCCAGGCCAUCAGCGACAAAGAUAGCGAUCUUCUGUUGCCGACUGCAACAAAGAAGUCGCGACGUGUUAAACGGAAAUUGUUGAAAAGGAAGAUACAGCACAACUGGAAGGAGGAGGAAAUUAACCGUUUGAUUGCUGCUGUGGAGAUGGAGCCAUCGAUUUGGAUGGACGGCCCGCUGCAGUAUAAGUCAGCUAGAAAGCACUGCUGGAACGCUGUUGUGGCCCAGCUGGCCAUCGCUGAUGUUGACGUGAACGAGGCUAAAACAAAAUGGUCCUCGCUUCGUGUCACCUUUCGUCUAAAUUUGAGCAAAAUGAAUAACGCUAGCUCGACGAACGGGAACGCUGUUGUCUGGCGAUAUUUCAAUCAAAUGUCCUUCUUGAACUCCAGUUGUCAGACUCAUCAAUCGAAUGUUUUGCUCAAGGAGGAGUUGACUACACCUGUGCAAAGUCCAUUGCCUACGUCAGACAAGCGACGACGUACACGCGGCCGUCCUGACUGCUCCUCCUCUACUUUACUGCCGGCCACGAUGAGCAUUUCCUCUGAAACUCCAGCAUCGGCACCUGCAUCGAUCUCGCCGAGACUCGCACCAGCACCAGCACCGACUCCGGCAAAUUCUCUAUUAUUAUCUAAUGACGUCCCAGCCAGCCCGGAAUCCUCCUCAUCACCAGCAGCACGCUUAUGCACGCCUGCACUUGCGCACGUGUCGGCUGUGCUAAACGACGGUGUUGACGAUAGCUGCUCCAAAGCGGACGCCAAUGCCGCUUUUUGUGAUUACCUUUUGUCUGAAAUGCGAACACUUUCCACGGAGGAGGCACGCACACUGCGACAGCAUUUAACACGCACCCUGCUGAACUUCAUGGAGCAUGUGUUGGAGACGUGAUUGAAGAUCGCUUCUAGAAAAGAACCACCUGAACUAGUUUAGGCAAUCUCCCCAUGUAAGACUUAUGUCAAGACGAUAUGUUAGUCAACGUUUAUCUUUACGGCUUUAAACAACUGUUUAUUUAUUACUAGAAUACCACAAAUAUAUUUGUAAAUACUUUAUUAAA